GGAGGUCGACCGUUGGAAAGGAGAAGGGUCGUCUGAAAAAUCCUAUUUUCUUGUUUUUAGACAAAGCAAGUGGCACGCCUAAUAACCAAACUCACGUGGUAAAGGCCGGCUGAGGAUUUUUGGGGAAACAAUCCUUUGUUGGCACGCCCGGUGGGACCACAAGGUGUAUCAGUUAAAGUUCACAGACCCUCUGUUUAUACAUCCAGAAGCGUCUGGAACCAUGCCACCGAGAAAGAGCAGAGACAAAGAGGUUCAGCCAGCCCAGGCUGAGCAUGCAGACGACAGCCCACUUCAUUCUAAGGGUGAAAAUGAUCCCAUCACUUUUCUCCCAGUGUCACCUUUGGCAAAACGGUCUUAUGGGAAUCCAGUAUUUAAGGAGAAAGAAGCAGACCGUGGAGGUGACUUUGCUGAAUCAAGUAAUGUGUUUAGAGGUAUGACUGAACGUCUGGAUUUAGCAUUCAAAGAACAGAACCAGGCUAUGCGGAGACUUGUUGACAGUCAAACAGAAUCUUCCAAACGUCAGGAAGAGUUAGUUAGACAAUGUAUAGAAGAGAUGAGAAGGGUCUUUGAGGAAGGCACUAGGGUGAUGCAAGAAACUGGGGAAGAAAGUCGCAGAACACUGCAGGCUGUUUCAGAACAAGUGGUUGAGCAAGUGCGACAGCCCAGACCUGAGAUUCCUCCUCCAGUCGUUGAAAUGCCCAGACAGAUUCAGGAAGCCCCAAUCCCAGCACUCGGGGGGCAAGGGAAUCAGCCUCAUCCUAACAUUCAACAGCAGAAUUUCUUCAUGGGUGAAGGACAAAGACAGCAUGAACCAAUGGAGGCUGCUGCUCCUGUUGCAGACCAUGGCCAUCAACCUCAGCAUAGGUAUGUUCCGCCAGGUAGGAGGGGAAAUGUGGGUCCUCAUCAUCAACCCUACCCAAGGGAUUUUUUCCAGCCGCAAGUUCUUCCAGCCCAGCCGGUACAGCGUGGUCUGCAGAAUCACCCAGCUCAAUUAUUCAAUAGAGAUCAGCUAAUAGAUUUGGUACAAGAAACCCAUGAACCAGCCUUGAGACCAUUGGUGCGUCCAUCCUACAUGAAGCCUUAUCCAGACAUCAUUGAUCAUGAAAAUCCUUUUCCAAGGGGUUUUAAAGUGCCUGAGUUCACUUUAUUUUCUGGUGAGGUUGCCCUUACUUGGUACCUCAGUCUGCCUCAAAAUUCAGUCUACUCUUGGAGACAAAUGGAGGACUUGUUUCAUACUCAAUUCUAUCGUUGUGAACCAGAAGUGUCUAUGGCAGACUUGUCGAGGUUAGCCCAAAAGCCUGGAGAGUUGUUUGAGGCAUUCCUUGCUAGGUUCCGGAGAGCCAGACUGAAAUGUAGAGUUGCACUACCAGAACAAGAAUUUGUCAAGCUGGCUCAGAAUGGUCUGGACAUUGAGCUCCGAAAGAAAUUUGAGGGGAUGGAAUUCCGAGACUUCUAUGAAUUGUCUUAUAAAGUGGCUCGGUAUGAAAAUCUGCUGAAAGAAGAUAUUCAAAAGAAGGCUGCAUCACAUGGAACCUAUUAUAGUGAUCCUAAUUUUGAUCUUGAUGUGGCUGAGGUGGUUGCAGACAAGCCUGUUGUUUGUCCAGACCUUGUUAGACCAACUCACCAGCCUGAGACGUCUGUGAGACGUUAUGUUGGUGAGGCUGGAAAACAGUAUACUUUUGAUGUGUCAAAAGCUAGUGAUAUAUUUGACCACCUUAAAAAGAGUGGUCUGAUUAAGCUACCGCCGAGAUAUAAAAUCCCGACAGCGGCUGAAAUCGAAGCUAGAGAUUAUUGCAAAUUUCAUAAUUCAUGGAAGCAUUCUACUGAUAAUUGUCUUAUUUUUCGUAAUAUCUUGCAAGAAAAGAUUGAUAAGGGUAUCUUAAAAUUUCCAGACAAAGCGAAGGAAACCAUAGGAGUGGAUGCAGAUCCUUUUCCAGCUAUGUCUGUGGGCGUGAAUGUCGCAGACCUCAGGAGUGUUGCCAGAAAUCGCAGUCUGCCUUAUGCUCAAAGGAACCUUGCUGCAGAAGACUUAAGGUGGGUUCUUGAGGCGCAGAGAUCCAGACAGAGCAGGAGCGUCAGGUUAGACCAGCAGAGGCUCGGGGGGCAAGAAAGGAUCGCUGUGACCAGGAACUUCAGUCUAGAAGGUGCCAGACGUUAUUCAACUGGUACUAGAUCUCCAAGGAUGGUCAAACUGCCACUCAGGUUACCUUCCAGACGGUGGGAGAAAGUCAAUCAUCCCAAGUUUCCAGCCCAGAAUCCCAGAACCUUAAGGCACAGACUGCAACGCAAGAGGGCUGAAGAACGAAAAAGGCAACAGAAGCAGGUGGAGGCUGAGGGAAGUUCAUCUCGCAGACCACGCCAACCUACAAAAAGGAACAUGGUGUGGGUGAGAAAACAGAAAAAUGAGACUGUAACCCAGACUCUACAGAAGGAGGAUGACCAAUCUUCAGCCUCUCCAAAGGUGGCGUCUGUCAUUGUGAGUCUAGACGGAGUUUUGAAAGCAACUUUUGAAGCACAAGAACAGUCUAGGAAUCGUGGAUCUGAAUCAAAAGAAGAUGGCACUAUUCAUUUUGGGGAAUUCUUAGUGAAUUUGUCAUGUCUGGUGCUGACAUUACCCUUGGUUUUCCAAGCCAAGAAGGAGGAGGAACCAAUCAUCUGUGAGUUCCCAGAACAGACAAAAGAAGAGGUAAUUGUUGUUCCAGCUCAGGACGAUGAAGAGGAGGACAUGGCUGACAAAAUUGUGUUUGAAAAACCAGAAGAAAAGAUGGCCAGACACAUUAGGCCACUUUAUAUCAAUGCUCACAUGGAUGGGACUCCAAUCAGCCGUGUCUUGGAUAUGAUUGGUAAAUUCAUGGAAAUUUAUAUUGAUGAUGUUGUGGUGAAAUCAAAUGGGGAAGCAGAUCACCUGGUUCAUUUGAGGAAGUCUUUUGAGCGGAUGAGGCAACAUGGCUUGAAAAUGAACCCACUUAAGUGUGCCUUUGGAGUGUCCACGGGUAACUUCCUUGGGUACUUGGUGCAUGAGCGUGGUCUGGAGGUUGACAAGAACAAAGCCAGGGCUGUGAUUGAGGCGAAACCACCACAGAACAAGAAGGAGUUGCAAAGAUUAAUUGGCCAAGUUAAUUUCUUAAGACGUUUCAUUUCUAACUUGGCUGGGAAAACCAAAGUCUUUUCUCCUCUGUUGAAACGCAAGUCUGAGGCGGAUUUUAAGUGGGAAGAACACCACCAGUUUGGCUUUGAUAUGAUAAAGGCUGUUAAAGGGCAAGCACUGGCAGACUUUCUUGCAGAUCAUCCAUGUCUGGACGUGGAAGCAGAUGAAGAAAAAGGGAUUAACUUGUUUUUAAUAAGUUUAGUUCCCUGGAAACUUAUUUUUUAUGGGUCUAGUACAGAAACCAUGGCUGGAGCUGGAGUCGUGGUAAUCUCCCCGUCUGGGCUGAAAACACAGAUGUCUUUCCAGCUGGAUUUUGAUUGCACAAAUAAUCAAGCAGAAUAUGAAGCUUUGAUUAUUGGUCUUGAGAUGUUGGUGGAGCUUAAGGUAUCCAUGGUUGAGGUUAUAGGGGACUCACAGCUAGUUUUGAAGCAAUUGUCUGGUGAGUACAAAUGUACUAGCCUUGCCUUAGCCCCUUAUUUUGCCUUGGCUGUGCAAUUGCUGGAAGAAUUUGAUGAUGUGUCCAUUAGACACAUGUCCAGAGACCAGAACUACGAAGCUAAUGAAAUGGCCCAGAUUGCUUCAGGUUUGCGAAUUCCAGAAGGUGUAAUGCAGAAAGUUAUGCUGUCUGAUGUUCAUGAUGGGAUUUGUGGUGCACACCAGGCUGAGAUCAAGAUGCGCUGGUUGAUUCGCAGACAUGGUUUCUUUUGGCCGUCUGUCUUAAAAGAUUGUAUUGCUUAUGCUAAGGGCUGCAAAUCUUAUCAAAUCCAUGGGCCACUUCAAAGAGUUCCAGCCUCUGAACUUAAUUCUAUUGUGAAACCAUGGCCAUUUCGAGGCUGGGCUAUUGACUUAAUUGGUAAGGUGUAUCCCCCUUCAUCAAAAGGUCAUUCAUUUAUUAUAGUGGCAACGGAUUAUUUUACCAAAUGGGUGGAGGCUAAACCAAUGAAGAAGGUAGACCAAUCUGAUGUGAUUAAGUUCAUCAAAGAGGACAUUAUUCACAGAUUUGGUCUGCCAGAAACAAUUACAACAGACCAAGGCACAGUUUUUGUCAGACAUCAGGUGAAGGCAUUUGCAAAAGAAAUGGGUUUCCGUCUGUUAAAUUCUACUCCUCAUUAUGCACAAGCUAAUGGGCAAGCGGAGGCUUCUAACAAGGUGGUGAUUAAUUUGCUUGAAAAAAUGGUGGAUGACAAUCCCAGACGUUGGCAUGAAUUAUUGUCUGAAACACUGUGGGUUUAUAGAACUUCACAAAGGAGUUCAACCAAAAUGACACCUUUUGCCUUGACAUAUGGCCAUGACGCAAUUUUGCCAAUGGAGCUAACAGCCAGGUCUUUGAGAAUGGUGAUUCAGCAUAAUCUCCAGUCUGGGGAGUAUGACAAGGCUAUGAUGCUUGAGCUUGAGGACUUUGAAGACUCACGAUUGACAGCCUUGGAUAGAUUGCAAGCUCAAAAACUCAAAAUUGCAAAAUCUUACAACAAGAGAGUAAAAGGUAAGAAUCUGGCAGUUGGUGACUUGGUCUGGAAAGUAAUUUUACCUCUUUGGCAAGAAAGAUCACAGAUUUGGGAAAUGGUCUCCAAAUUGGGAAGGACCAUUCCGAAUUCAUGAAGUGUUGAAAGGGGGUGCUUAUUGGUUGGAGUCACUUGAUGGAGAGCUUCAUCCCAGAAAAAUCAAUGGAAUUUAUCUCAAGCCUUAUUACCCCACAGUCUGAGAGGCAAGAGGCUUAGAGUCCCAAGAAACUGUCUAAGCAGGUUCAUACUUCUGUCUGUGCAUAAAUAAGUUGAUUUGCU